CUGCCCGCGCGCCACGGACCGGUGGACGCGGCGGCGAUGUCAAGGGGCUCCCGGGUGGUGCUGGCCAUCUCCGUGGUGCUCUCGGCCGUCACCGUGACCGCUGUGCACGUCCAGCAGCAGCGGGAGAGAGAGAGGCUGCACAGAGGAGUUCUCAGAGACCUUGAGCGACUAAGUCAGAAAGAGGAAAAUAUUCGCCUUUUAGAAGAGCAGAUUGCUUUGACGAAGCAGCUCAAAGAAGAAAGAGACAAGAUGCUAAUGGAGAAAGCGUCCCAGCAGUCCUAGGCACAG